CAAUGGUCUUGGUAGCCCAGGGACCACCUUGCGGCUGGAUUUCCUGCGCAAGAGGCCCGCAUUAUCCCCGCUCGAAUGCGGCCUGCCGGUAUCUUUCUUGUGUUCAUCAUCCUCCCUCGCUGGCUUUUCCGCUGAUGGGGUAUCCUCUUCUCUCUUCAGCCAACUUCCGAUCUUUUGCAGGCUUAACCGAUCCCAUACGCUUCGGUGUUCACCAGCUUCGGUCCUCGCUCGCUGUCUGCUCUGACUCCGACUGCCCUCUGCCUGCUCUGGGCGUUCAACGGGUAGAAAGUUUGGCAUGGUGUGUAUCCACAGCUGAUGUUGCUGCAGAGACACACCUCACUCCUUCAAAUCACAAUAGAGCUUGUCUGCUACCGGUAUCUUCUUCUUCUUCUACUACUACUACUACUCCUCUCCUCCUUCCGUCCUGCCCUCCUUCCAAUAUCCCUUUCUUCUACUCGUUCUCCUCGUCGGUCGUUGAUUGA